AUGUCUCUCUUCCGCACCUUCCACACUCCUGGCGACUUCUCGCCUCUCUUCCGCCUCCUGGACGACUAUGAUGUCCACCGCUCCAGCAAGGGUCAGACUUCCGCAGGGAGCUCCUUUGCGCCUCGCUUUGACGUGCGCGAGAGCAAAGACGCCUACAUCCUCGACGGCGAGCUUCCUGGCAUCGCACAGAAGGACAUUGAUAUCGAGUUCACCGAUUCCGAGACCCUGGUGGUCAAGGGCCGCACCGAGCGUGAAUACCAUGCCGGCAGCCCCGACGAGUCCAGCGAAGAAUCUUCCAAGAAGUCGUCGGACAAGAAGGAGAACACCGAGGUUGCGCAGACCGGCGAAAAGCAGGUCAGCAAGUCCGAUGAGAACAAGCACCGCUACUGGGUGACCGAGCGCUCCGUCGGCGAGUUCCACCGCUCCUUCCAGUUCCCCACCCCUAUCGACCAGGACAACGUCAAGGCCAGCCUCAAGAACGGCGUCCUGUCCAUCACUGUGCCUAAGAAGGCUGCUCCCACCGGCGCCAAGAAGAUCUCCAUCGAGUAA